AUGAGCUUUAAACGGAAGAAUAUCAGUGUCAAUGAUGAAUCGAAAAAAGAAUUUAGAAUGAUGAAAAACAUUGGCCUGUUAAGUAGUAUUAAUAUCAUCAUUGGUUCAAUGAUUGGUUCGGGGAUAUUCGUCAGCCCGACUGGAAUAUUAGAAAAUAUGCAAAGCUUAGGCGCUAGCCUUGUAAUCUGGGUAUCAUGUGGGUUAUUCUCAAUGCUUGGUGCCUAUUGUUAUGCUGAACUUGGAACGCUGAUUCAUCGUUCAGGCGGUGAUUACGCAUAUGUUCUAGAGGCGUUCGGUUCUUUUAUGGGAUUUUUACGUUUAUGGAUUGAAGUAAUGGUGGCUAGACCUGCUACAAUGGCUGUUAUUGCUAUGACGUUUGCCAAGUAUAUGCUGCAGCCAAUAUUUCCUGAUUGUCAGCAACCGGAUUCUGUAGUACGUUGUUUAGCUGCAAUGUGUAUACUAAUUCUUGGUUUUGCCAAUGCAUAUUCAGUAAAGUUGGCUACACGAAUUCAAGACGCGUUUACUUUUGCAAAAAUGGCUGCAUUACUUUUGAUUAUAGUUACUGGUUUCGUAUGUAUGGGGUUAGGUUAUACUGAUGAAUUCAAAGACCCGUUUUACGGCUCUAACUGGUAUCCAGGAAGUAUAGCUAAAGCCUUCUAUUCUGGUCUGUUUGCCUAUUCUGGUUGGAAUUAUUUAAACUGUAUGAUUGAAGAGAUGGAGAACCCUAAACGUGAUCUACCGAUUGCAAUUGUCUUUUCAUGUCUGGUUGUCACAGUUGUCUAUACACUGGCUAAUGUUGCCUAUGUCACAGUAGUGUCACUGAAUGAAAUAUUAACUACACCAGCUGUAGCUGUGACAUUCGCUAAUCGAAUAUACGGUUCGGCUUGGUGGAUUAUGCCAAUAUUUGUGGCCUUCUCAACAUUUGGCGGUGUCAAUGGUAAUAUCUGUUUUAUUUACUUGUGUUGUCAGUUUAUGCUACUUACUUGUAACAGAUCUUUACUCAUUAAUGACAUAUUUGGGUUUUGUUCAAUGGUUAGCGAUUGGUGUUUCAGUUACAAUUGUCAUUGUUUUCGUUUCACUCGACCUAAUUUACCAAGACCUGUAAAAGCACCUCUUAUUUUUGCUAUCACUUAUGUAGUUAUCACAUUCUGUUUGGUGAUUUUCACGCUUGUAGGUGCUCCAUAUGAAUCAACUGUUGGUGUUCUUAUCAUACUAACUGGUAUACCAUUCUAUAUAUUUGGAUGUGUAUGGAAAAAUAAACCUUAUCGAUUUGAAAAGAUACUAUGUGAGUGA